AGGUUUUUAAAAAGACACACGUGUUGUGCAGAAAAGGUCUAAGUUUGUCGAUUACAAUAUCAUCGUAUUACGUAAGGCCCACGUAAAGAAAUAUGUAUAUAAAAUAUUCAAAUGCGCCUCAGUAAUCGGAGCGUGGGUCUACUAUAUAAUUACGAAAUAGCAAAUAGAAUAAUCACGUCUGCAUUUCGAUUUUCCAUAUAAAUUAGGCAGUCACAAGCCACUCAUUAACGGAACACAUUCAAUGGGCUGGAGCAACACUCACUGUCCAAACACUCAGCACAUGGGUGCGGACCCUCGAAUUUAAUUAUCCAUUCCGUUCCGUUCUGUCUGUCCAACUACCUGGUUUCCCUCCCUUUCCCUGAGCUGCACUUCAUCUCCCGCUUGGAGGCGAAGGGGCCAAAGCAACAUCGUUUUCCAAUUAGCCAAAUGGAGGGUUCACAGGGCGCCACGCUACUUGACACCUGAGCGGAGACGAUCCUCUGGACCACAAAGUGGCAAAGCCUCGGGUUCCAAUUUCAUUGUAAGAUCGGCAAACCUAAUUGUUUACUUGACAGGUCAGCCGCAAUGCUCAGGCUUUAAUGGGCCAUGUUCGAAUGGGCGUAUACGUAACGAUCUCCGGGGUGGGGAUCUUCCACAUCUCUGGCGGGUAAGUAGAUUUUUACGACCCGAUACUUACGAUCCCCUCUGCCUGUAAGACAGUUGGGUAUAAAUAACGGCUAAAAGCACUGAGCACCUCUCAUUCAAGCAUCAGUCGCGUCUACGGAUAAGUGAUUACGGAUUUCCAGUGUAUGCUCGCGAUCGGGGUUACUUUUUAAGUCCACCGAAAAUGGCAACGGAAAUACAAACAUUUUACAAAGACAAAGUCGUCUUUUUAACGGGUGGAAGUGGAUUUCUGGGAAAAGUAACUAUUGAGAAGCUGCUCCGCACCACCCAGGUGAAAAGGAUCUAUGUGCUGCUCCGAUCCAAGCGUGGCCAGGAAAUGCAGGAGCGAUGUGCUGCCUGGGAUAAGGACCCGGUCUUUGAGAAUCUUAUGAAAGUGGAUCCCGGGGUGUUGCAGAGAGUGGUGCCCCUGGCCGGCGAUUGUCAGGAGCCGGAUCUUGGCCUGAGCACCUCCGACCGCCAGGUGUUGGUCGAUGAGGUGCAGAUCGUGCUCCACGGUGCGGCCACAGUGCGUUUUGUGGAGCCAUUGCACAUCGCCCUGGCGGUGAACACACGAGCCACCCGGCUAAUGAUUCAACUGGCCAAGGAGAUGCCCCGCCUGGAGGCCUUUGUCCAUGUGUCCACAGCGUACUCCAAUUGCGUGAUAGAGAACGUCAGUGAGCGCUUCUAUCCGGAGCACCUGACCUGUCCUGUCUCGAAGAUCCUGGAGCUGUACGAGAGCCUCAGUCCCGAGCUGUUGGACAGCAUGACACCAGCGCUGCUGGGCAGGUAUCCCAAUACGUAUACCUACACCAAGGCUCUGGCGGAGCAGCUGCUCCAGCAGGAGUCGGGGGAUCUGCCGAUCUGCAUCUUUCGUCCAGGCGUUAUAAUUGCCAGCUACAAGGAGCCCAUGGCCGGCUGGAUAGACAACACCUACGGACCCAUUGCUGUUCUAUACGGAGCAGCUUUUGGAGUACUACGCAUCACACGGUUGAAUGUGAAGGCCCAGGCUGGCAUUGUGCCGGUGGACUACUGCGUCAAUAUGGUGCUGACCUGUGCCUGGAAUACGGCAAGGGAAAGUGGCGUAAAGUUACCACCCGAACCGCCCAUCUUCAACUUGACGCCCACCGAUGAUAACCUGAUCACCUGGGGCGGAUUUCGGGACAAGGCGGCGCUGCUAAGGUACAACUAUCCGCUGUCCAAGAUGAUGUGGAUGCCGUUCCUGCACUGCACUACCAUCCCCUGGCUAUUCCGGUUCCUGGCCUUCUUCUACCACCUGCUACCCGGCUAUGCCAUCGAUUUGGUGCUACGUCUGCGGGGUCGCAAGCCGCGGAUGAUCAAGCUGUACGACAAGAUACACAAGAAUAUCGACAUUCUGGCUCCCUUUGUGGACACCUCCUGGCACUUUGAUACCUCCAAUACCCUCAAGCUGUGGCAACGAAUGUCCGCCGAGGAUCGAAAGCUCUACGACUUUGACUUGGGCAGCGUUGACUGGGACGAUUACUUCCUACAGGCCCUAGCAGGAGUUCGCAUUUAUCUCGCUAAGGAGGAACCAGGACCGGAGGCCUUGGAGAGGGGUCAAAAGAUCUACAAAAGAUUCAAAUUUCUCCAUCGACUCUUGCAGUUCACUUUAUGUAGCGGUGCUGCCGCCAUUUUGUGGUCCAUAAUGAAACGCCUAUUCAGCCUUUUCAUAUAAAUCAACAAACAACACAAUCACUGGCACACACACACAGAUUAAGGAAGUAUGUUUGUAGCUUUUAGUUUAAUAAAUGUUUUGGAAGAAA